GAAAAGCUAUCUUGAAGGUGGGAUAUGGCCCGAUUCGCAAUUAUGUGGCCCAUUUUCAAUUUCUAGCCACAUUGAUCAGGUAGUAAAAAAUAGUGUAAUAAAAAAUUUAUCUAGUGCUAGUAUUGAAGUCAACAGCGUCACCAAAAGUCCAUUGUUAUGGGAUCACUAA